AUGGAGUUAAUCGAUACAUUCGAUGCUGAGGAUGAUAGCCCAGACAAAGAUAUCCUUGUGGUCCAUGGGUUGUCGCGAAGGGGUGGCAACCCUUGGAAGGCCACUGCGACCCGACCAGCCUGGCUCAGAGAAGAUCUGUUUAAUAGUAGCAAUGCUAGCAUUCUCGGUUUCAAUUACGACAAUAUCUUCAACAGUGAGAAGCUCAUGUGCAAUCAGACUGGGUUAAAGCUUGUUGUUUGCCAGCUGUUAGACGAUAUCGUGGCUUGGAAGGAAUCGGAGGGUGAUCGUCCACGUGCCAUUCUAGCUCACGAUAUAGGUGGGAUACUUGUUAAGAUGGCUUUAGUCAUUGCCUCUAGCAAUCUGGGCAAGUACAGUCAAUUGAUAUCCUCUUUGUAUGCUUUGGUCUUCAUCGGUUGCCCACACAAGACGUCCAGCUCUGAGUCACUCGUUAAUGGCUUCGCGACUUUGAUUUGUAACGCUCGCAGCAUCCCUGACUUUGGCCUCCUUCAGGCUGCCAAAGACUGCGCCAAAAUGACCAUCGAUGUAAAUUACCUGUUCUUAAACAGCAAUAUGCCUUUCAGGAUGCAGAUCAUCAGCGUUUUCUCUGAAACGCCGGAUCCCAUCGACCGAAUCUUUGAUGAGUUUACUGCCACGCUUGACCUCAGCUGCGAAAAUCGCAUCGGAUUGCCCCACCCUCACGACACUCUGCUCGGUCACGAACUCGGAGACAGGGAGAAUCAGCUACUAAAGGGGACACUUGAAUUUCCAAAGCCAGGAAUUUUCAGCUGCCAGGGCCUACAACUUCUGCUCUCAACUGUGUCUCCGCCACCUACUUUUCAAGCCGGUCUUGAAUACGACACAUCGGAUAAGCUACGAUCCGAAGAAGAACUUGAAGAAUGGAUAGAAAAUCCUGCUUCCAUCAAUCCCGGAUACAUCUGGGCUUCUGCGGAACUAUCCCCGUCGAGUACAAUAGGCAGCUUCGUUCGAUUGGUAUCGGAAGCAAACAAGUUUACAACCGGAACAGAAAUUCGGACCUUUGCAUUCCAGUUUCGGAAGCUCAAACUCCAUCCCGAAAUUGACUCGGGGUUCCGCUUGAGCAUUGUGCAACAAGUGCUGGAGAGUUUUCUAGCUCAGGCUCUUGCGUACAUAUCCCCUCAAGUUGAACCGAACACGGCGUUGGCAAGCUUGCUUUCACUAUUUGAAAGAACUUCUUCAUCUGCGAAACCACUGGGAGAAGACCUGUUGAAAGUUCUAUUCGUCGCUCUGAAUUGUUAUCUUUGGCGCAAGGACAUACGCGCCAUCUGGUCUGUUUGGAACCUGGAAUAUUGUGGUGGUGAUACGGAGGUGACCACAUUGCUGGGUAGCAUCAAAGCGCUUUUCCGAUUCACCAUGUUCAAGCCUGCAAUCGUCUUUUCCUGGUCAGGACAUUCAACAUCCAAUUUCGGAAGAAUCAUGCAGGACGCAAACAUUCAUCGUUUUCAACUGAAGUCUCUCUAUCAACGGUCCCAAGACAAUAGCAACCGGUUCUCUAUCGAAUUCUUCGCUCCACCUGGCAGCUAUAUGGGCCUUGGUACUUUGCCGGAAUCGAUCGAUACUAUCUUGCGCGACACCAAAGACAAUCACCUUCGCGGGACUUUCUUGCAGUGGGUCAUCAGGACAGCGCAGACCAGUGUAUCGAGGGCCCAGUGGCUACAGAGAAUCCAUGAAGUUAUUGACGACGAUGGAAAGCUUGAGCCACAACGUCUUCAAAUUGCAAUUUCAGGUUUCCUCGCAAGAGAAGAUAAUGUUGUUGCAAACAGCGCCCUUCACUGGGUUCAGUUCUGUUGCCGGUCCCUAUCUCCGACUGAACUAGUCACUGCUUUAGCCCUGGAACAAAGCAUAGUCGGAUCAGAAGGGAGCGAUUUCUCCGCAGAUCAAAACCAUCGUGGAAAAGACAUGGAAGAUGCCCCGUCUAUCGGCUUUCACUUCAUUCAUGACCAUCUUUCUAGUCUUAUAGAGGUGAUAGACAAUGAGGUUCGGCUUACUUACGACAAUAUGGAGGAACCAAACGACACCGAUCCAUGGCAUUCUAGCAAUUCCAAGUCGAACUUGCUGAUCUUGCGUUGUCUACUUCGACAUUUGUGUGUUGAGGCUGAGCGGAUAGGCCCCAACGUUUCACACUCUGGACUAAUACCACCUUCGCUGUUCCAUCACGACUUCACGGCGUACGCUGCCAACUUUUGGCCACAUCACUACAGACUUGCUCGAUGUCACCCAUCUACAAAACUAGAAGCCGAAUCCUUGGUAGCCAAAUUUCUGAAGGAAAACCACGCAGCGAGCCUGCUUAUGCUCCGAUAUGCUCAGAACACUGUGUUAGAGGUCUCCGAUAGGACGAACACUGAACACACAACAGCUACUACUGCGGUGGGCCUUCUUGCAUUGUGUGGUUUCAAUGACAUCGAGGAGAUUGGUAUACUGGCCAUCUGUCCGGGAUGGGAAAGUCGCCCAAAGACUGCAUUUCCUGCGCUUUUGGAGGCAGUCAGGGGCGUUCAUACGAGACUCCUCGAGAAGCUUUCUGUUUCUGUGCUAGGAGAUGAGGAAGCGAGAAAAGUCUUUUCUGCGGUUGAACCAGGAAAGCUCACGCAUGACUGCAUAUACGAUCUUCUCCGACAAGCGCAGUCCCGAAAAAUUUUUCAAAUCCCUCUCGAGUUGAUUUCGUGCGCUGCUUUCGCCGGCAUCGGAGGAAUCGCCGAAAGCAUCAAGGAUGGUCCCAUUGACAGCUCUAUAUCGUUCACAUGGUUGCUGAGAGCCAUUUCUAUCCCGAGUCUGGAGACCGCUGAUGCUUUCACGACUUGGAGAGCCUCACCUUAG